UCAGCUCUCACUCGGAGCCGGAGAGGAUAGAGUAAAGUCCGAGUGGUUCCUCUCAGACUACGGAAGACAACCGAAUACAAUUGGCCAGACUAUCGUGGCCGUGGAACUUGCUUGAACACAUUUUCACGCCACCGCCGUUGCUCCCUUCUCUCUAGACAACAAAACGACUUAAACUCGCUCUGCACCUACGUCAAAUAAUAGUAACAGUAGCGGUGUAAAAAUAAUGAUAGUAAUAAAAAAAUAAUGAACAAAGGAUUGGGUUUGCGUGAAACGUGUACCCAAUUGCUCCUGUUUAGCGUUUAGAGUCUCCCACUCUGAAGUGUAGUUUCUCUUCACGAGGCGAGGAAUGCUAUCUGGGCAUCAAUGUUUCACUGGGGAAAGUGGAAGAAGAGGAUGGGAGCCAAUAGUUCUUCAAAGAGACCCGUUUUUGACGAAAAGGAAGAUGUGAACUUUGACCACUUUCAGAUAUUGCGGGCUAUUGGGAAGGGCAGCUUUGGAAAGGUAUGCAUCGUGCAAAAGAGGGACACGGAGAAGAUGUACGCCAUGAAAUACAUGAACAAACAACAAUGUAUAGAAAGAGAUGAGGUCCGAAACGUCUUUAGAGAGCUUGAGAUUCUCCAGGAAAUUGAACAUGUUUUUUUAGUAAAUCUCUGGUACUCAUUCCAGGAUGAGGAGGACAUGUUCAUGGUGGUGGAUCUGCUCCUUGGAGGGGACCUUCGUUACCACUUGCAGCAAAGUGUCUCAUUCAGCGAGGAUGCUGUUAAACUUUACCUCUGUGAGAUGACACUUGCACUAGACUACCUGCAAAGCCAGCACAUCAUCCACAGAGAUGUCAAACCAGACAACAUUCUCUUGGAUGAGCAAGGCCAUGCUCAUUUGACAGACUUCAACAUAGCGACAAUAAUAAAGGACGGAGAGCGAGCAACGGCCUUAGCUGGAACCAAGCCAUACAUGGCUCCAGAGAUCUUUCAAUCCUUUAUGAAUGGAGGGAUGGGCUACGCAUUUGAAGUAGACUGGUGGUCAUUAGGGGUGACAGUCUUCGAAGUUCUGCGGGGAUGGAGGCCCUAUGACAUCCAUGCCAGUAACUCGCUGGAGUCUCUAAUCCAGCUCUUCAGCACAGUCAGUGUCCAGUACAGCCCGGCCUGGCCCAAAGACCUUGUUUCUCUCUUGAGGAAGCUACUUACAGUGAACCCUGAGCAUCGAUUCUCCAGCCUGUCUGACAUGCAGACUUCUCCCUACCUCGUUGACAUCAACUGGGAUGCCAUUUAUGAAAAAAAGAUGGACGCUGGAUUUGUUCCUAAUAAAGGUCGCCUUCACUGCGACCCCACCUUUGAGCUGGAGGAGAUGAUUUUGGAAUCACGUCCCCUUCACAAGAAGAAGAAAAGACUGGCAAAGAACCGGUCCAGGGACAACAGUAAAGAUUCACAGUCUGAAAAUGACUAUCUACAGGAGUGCCUUGAAGCAGUGCAGCAAGAAUUCAUGAUUUUCAACCGAGAGAAGUUGAAAAAGCGUCAAGAAGAGGGUCAUAGCGAGGCUGGGGGAGAUGAUGCCAGCGGGGACGGCGAUGCGGAGGCUGGCGGCAUUGACGACGACGCGGCCGAGCCCGAACCGGAACAGGAACCCGAGCCAGAGCCCGAAUCCUCUUCCAAACUGAGCAUGUGUGGCUCGGUGUGCUCCUCCCCUGGCAGCUGCUAGUGCCACAUCGGCUCAUGGUGCACGAUAAAGGAUGAAGGUCUCUCAGUGCCAUGCCCAUAGAUAUAUUCUUUCCUCUCUCCUUUCCAGUAGCCAGGAGGGGUGGAACCACACAGCAGGGGCGGGGGGGUGGAACAGACGCACUGCAGGACCCAAUUAAUUUUAUUCUGUAGCUCCCUUCCCCGGUAAGGCAAGAAUGAAGCAGAUUCUCCACCUUCUUGUCCGUCCUUCACAAUGCUCCAACUUCUAUGCAAUGUUACACUUCAUUCACAGCAUGACAGAGUAUCACACGCUAGGAGGUGAAGCAAAAUGCUCGGCAAAUCUGAUGCCAUCCUCAGCAAUAGCUGUUCCUGAUAUUUUGGUGGCUUUGGUGGUUUUAGUAGAGAUGCUUUCCCUCGCCGCCUCUUCAAAAUGAGCCUAGGAUGACUGAAUUAUUCAACGUGCACAGGCAGUUUUACAGUUUUAGCUUGUCUCUGCUUCACUCCUCCCCACAGCUUCUCUUAUGUCACGAAUGCCCUAAUUCAGAGCGAUUGUUUUGUUUAGUUUUUUUCAAGAUGUCCUGGUGUGCUUCUAUUGCCGCACCUUCAUAAAGUCAUUCACAUUUAUGCAACAGUGACCAACUUAAUAUUAUUUGCAUUAUUCACAUUUAAACCAUAAAUCGAAAAGAUGCAGUGUGUCAGAUGGUGUAUAAACUCUGACUUAAGGUAUGUCACUUUUAGGAGUAAAUGUCAAGAAGCUGGAAAUUAGAUUUGCUUCUCAAAAUGUUCUCUUUUUGUUCGGCAAAUGCUCUGGAAGUAGCCAGUGAAAAUCGCCUUCCUGCAGUGCUCAUCCUGGGGAUCGAACUGACUGGCUGUCAGCAUUUCAAAUAGUUUUCACGAUCAAGUCCAGUAAUUGCCAUCGCGGUACGUUUAAGGCGAGACCAUUGCUCUCGGUUUAAACACGUGGGAACAUGUAGCAAUGAUCCACCUUAAAGCCCGUCAUAAAAUGAAAAACAUGUAAAUAGCGUAACUGGUAGGUAAAUAACGUCACCACAGUUUUAUGUGGGGCUGCAAACUCGACACAUUUAAACUCAACUAAAGAAAGAAGCUUGUGGAGUCAAUCCUUCGCAUUGCUUCAUUCUGCUCUUCGCUCCAAGUGUGCAGGCACAUCUUGUAGGCAACAUAGGCCAAAGCUUUUCUACCAUUUGCAUAACCAUUUCUAAGGAAUUAUGUGUAUGUACGUGUCUCUCUUCUUUCUGUAUGGCAUGGAUUUAAUAGUCCACUGUAUAGUCAUAUUGCCAAUAUUUAGAAACUCUCAGAAUUCAGGUACCGGUAAGAAGGGAAUUUAAUGACACGCAAAAGUGCUGAUUUGGUCUGGGAGCUGGAUAGCUUAAUUUAGCUAUGGUAUGACCUAAAAGCUUGCAGUCAGCUGUCAACCUACUCCUACUUUUGUUUUGAUGUCAUCCACGGGCACUUGUGUCAAAAGGUUGACGUAAGAGAUUAAAAUUGUCUUAUAUAUCAGUCAUAAUUUAAGCGUAUUUACUAUUUUUAGCAAUCGUCUGGGACAUUUAUUAGUGUUUGAACAAGAAAAAAGCUUUGCUAAGCUAGGCUAAUCAACUUUCAAAAACAGGAUAUCUUACAGUGGGCCCUCGAUGGUCAAACACAAUUCUAAACAGGAUGUCAACUUCUGAAUUGUUUGGAUUUCGUUAAGUAAUCCAAGAAAAUCAGCUGUACAGCUGUGAAAAUAUGUUCGUGGCUGUAAUUCAAAAAACAAGAGGAUAAUCUUUAAAACACUCUUUGACAAGGGGCAAAAGUUACGUUGCUAAUGCAACCAAUAUCAGUCAGCAAGCGGCGUCGCAAUACGUUGUGACGCAGCUGAAGAAGACGCGUUUCGUUGCCACCACUCUUUCAUUAUUUUUCAUUCGUGACCUACAAGUGUUUCUCAUGCAAAUUUUCACUGUAAUUAUGACAUUUCAGAGUUAUGAAUGCACACAUUGAAGUAAUUGGCCCAGUGGUGUUCGGAUACACUAUCACUUGGCCCAAGUCAGCACGCUCGGUUACUGCGAUAGUAUAUUGUUAUUUUAUGGCCUUGAAGUGUUUAAAACAUCAAUAAAUAUUUAUUGUAACACAUUAGCGACAGAACUUUCUUCAAAUUUCAAGGACCCUCCUGUAUCUAAUUUCACAAGAUUUUGACUUCACUUCCGUCUUACUUGGCCGCAUAACAUGCAGUUAAUUCUUUGACGCUUGCUGAACGGAGCUCUUUGAGUAUGCUGGUGUUUGACCCGACAUUCUUUUUGAGCCAAGUUCACCCAUGUCUUGUAAUUAAUUAAUUAAUAAAUCAAUCAAUGAAUGAAAAAGCCUAACUGUGGGGUGUGUGAAUAUUAGGGUUCCAACGUAAUUUUGUUCCUUUAAAAUAGUCAGCAUGUGUGUUUCCCCACACGGUUUGAUUCGAAUGACUGGAUUACCAACAUUGAAACGUAGCACCAUUCGAGUCUGUCAUAUACUGUGUUUAUUUUUAUUUUAUAUUAUUAUUAUUAAUAUAUUAUGAUGAUUAUUAUUAUGUUUUGCAUGUUGAGUGGGGUAUAAGCCUGAUUUUGCCAAAGCCUGGAGCUUGAGCUUGAAUGGCAGAUUUGUGCAUGCACAAGCUAUUGAUGAUAGCAUACCUCAAUGCUCGCACCAUUGUUGAUUCCAAGUGCAACUUGCCUGCGUGUCUGUUUUUGGACGUUUAUCUGUACUGAGGCGCCUAAACCUGGUGUUCAAUAGACGCCAUGGUGUUGUUGUAUGGUCUGAAUUACAUUCUAUGAUCCUGUAAGGUUUUCUUGAUAUUUUUGAAUGUUGACAUAGCAAGAAUGAUUUUGUUUUCUCCUGGACUCCCCGUACAGUAGAUUACUUGCCAUGAUGGUGACUACAAUUUGACAGUAGUAGUAAACAUACAUUUGUUGCCAAGCUGUAGGACAUAAAAGAAACCAAGCCCACGCGCUAUAGACAAAUGCGGUUGCAUUUCAGUGAACCUCCGUUUAUCGCGGGGCAUAUGUUCAGAUGCACCUGCACUCAGUGAAAACCUCUGUUUGUAGUGACGUCAUAUAAAAAAAUGGUUUUAUAUAGUUUUACACCGACCACACGCUUUCAACAAAUUUGAACAUGUUAGUAGCCGCAUUUUAAACAGAUGUUAAAUGUGUUUGAACACAAUCAUUUGCAAGCAUAACAUUAAUAAAAAAAAUAAAAAUACUGUGCAGUAUUGAAAAGUCUGCCGUGCCGUGGAUAUGCCGAAAGAGUAGUCGUGGCCAUUGGAGUUCCAUAGCCAGUUACGUUGAGAGUAAACACCAAACUAAGUAACUUCCUUCAUGAAGCAUGAAGUAGUUUUAUUUUCUCGUGAUCGAUCAGGAUCUUACUUCAUCUGACUCUCAGAAACCUUCAAAGAUGCAGGAUGGUCAUGAUUAAAAAACAAUUUUUUAUCGAUUUAUUUCAAACUGCAUAUUAUUAAUUUUAUGUUUUCAAUAUUGUACAGUAUUGAUCCAUCCAUCCAUCCAUUGUCUGCACCGCUUAUACUCACGAGGGUCGCAAGCGUGCGGGCUUAUCCCAGCCGUCUUUUGUAUUGAUAGAAAAAGCAGUCAACCCCUGCAGCCUCAAGUACUACACAUCAACACCAAACGAUACCGAUAAUUUUGCCGCUCGUGCCUACUCCACAUGAGAGGGGUCUGGUCUAGUCCACCAAUAUUAUUGCACUUCAAUGUAGGUGAACAGACUUUGCGAUGGCGAUGAGAGCGACACUCAUCUGAUCAGACCACACCAUCAAAAUGCUUUCAAUGCUGUUAAUCUAGUGUUCAAUGGCUUCAUAUUCUUGCUUCGAUGUUCAAAUAUCAAGGCUCGUGCACUUUCUGGGUGAGUUGUUUGAGGGGUUCCUUUCACUUCCUUCUGCACAUGAAGAAAAUAUUGCAUAUGGGGGUGGGGGGCUGAAAACAGUCCACACGCCUUUGAAAUAAGAUGCAUCACAAGCCUGUGAGCAUUAUGCUGUUUGCCAAUUGUUUUUAAAUGGAUAAUUGAUUUUCAUGAUUAGGUGUGGCUUGCAAUGCUAAUCUGUUUUGUUUUUCGAUAGCAGUGAUCAUUCCGAGAUGGACAUUGCUUGCUUACCCUCCUGACGUGUUCCUUUCAAGUGUUAAUGUUUGGAUGCUCUUAGGUGUUUUCAAAGCCUUCUGUGCUCGUACUUGACCAGCAAAGCAUGUCUCCUAAUCAGCCGUGGUCCAAUUCGACGCCCUCAAGGUAUGCAAAAGGAUACAUGUUCUAACUCUGUCGAUUACAGUUUUGAAGUCGGUGCCCUGUUACCAUUAAAUUAAGACAAUGCAAUUUGUUUCUCCUUUCCUCCAUGUAAUUCUUGUGCAACAGGAUUUUUAUGAGGUAAACGAUGAAAAGCCUUGUACUGUAAACUUACUGAAACUGCUUUUGUGUUCAUAACAUGCUGCUUCAAAUAAAACUCCUUCCCAGAAGGCG